GAUGAAGAAUGACAUUGCUUUCAGGUAUUCUACUAUAAAUAUGACUGUGAACAUUUGUACUUGAACUGGAUAUUGUACUCAAAAUCCAGAGAGGACAAUACACUGAGUUCACUAGCCAUGAAGUUCACAACUACAUGUGUGAUCCUUUGCCUGGUCAACUGCUUUUUAUUUUUAGCUCCUGGGAUCACAGGACAUAAGAAGUGGAUCCAAGAUAGAUAUGGCACACGAAGGAAAAUGUGUUGACUGCAGUAAAUAUCCACAACCAUCGAAGGGCACGGCUGCAGAUUGCCCACAAGACCACAUGCCAGUAUGUGGUACUGAUGGGAGGACCUAUCCCCACAUCUGUGUCUUGUGUGCUAGAAUCAGGACAACUGGCCGUAAAAUUGGCAUCCGUCAUGAAGGAGAAUGCUCCCAAAAGGAAUAGGAGACUAAGUGCUAAGUUGAAUGGGCCAUGUUUAAAGAAUGAAGAGGGUUUUGGAAACAAACUCUUGGUCCAGUUUCUAUCUAAUUGACAAUAAAAAGCUGUUGACUUACAAAUUCAAA